UGGGGCGUCUUUGACGUCACCGGCGCAUCACGUGACCGGCUUUAGUCGGGCUCCACCCUGCGCACAAGAAGCUGCCGCAACCUCCCGUCCUCUCCCAAUAUGGCGCCGCUCGCCUGCUGAGCUCUCCCAGUUCCUCCCCUUCCCCGCCGUUCACCGAGACAUGCUCACAGCCGGAUAGUGACAGCACCCAGCAGCGAAGCGUUCUCUCCUGAGCAGCGUGGGCCCGGUUCCCGGAGCCCUCCGAGACAGCCCUCCUCUCACCUAUAGCCGGAGAAGGAGGCCUCACCGCCGCCAUGGCUCAUUCCCCGGUAGCCGUGCAAGUGCCUGGGAUGCAGAACCACCGGGCUGACCCAGAAGAAUUAUUUACAAAACUAGAGCGUAUUGGAAAGGGAUCCUUUGGAGAAGUUUUUAAAGGCAUUGAUAACCGGACUCAACAUGUGGUUGCUAUAAAAAUCAUUGACUUGGAAGAAGCAGAGGAUGAAAUAGAAGAUAUACAGCAAGAAAUAACAGUUCUCAGCCAGUGUGACAGCCCCUAUGUGACAAAGUACUAUGGAUCUUAUUUGAAGGGCACAAAACUAUGGAUUAUUAUGGAGUACCUAGGAGGGGGCUCAGCGUUAGACUUGCUGCGAGUGGGACCCUUUGAUGAGUUCCAGAUUGCGACCAUGUUGAAAGAAAUUUUGAAAGGUCUUGAUUAUCUGCACUCGGAGAAUAAAAUUCACAGGGACAUCAAAGCGGCCAAUGUCCUGCUCUCGGAACAAGGCGACGUAAAACUUGCUGACUUUGGUGUGGCUGGACAGCUGACGGAUACGCAGAUUAAAAGAAAUACAUUUGUCGGGACUCCUUUUUGGAUGGCACCUGAAGUUAUACAGCAGUCUGCUUAUGACUCAAAGGCUGACAUUUGGUCCUUGGGGAUCACUGCGAUUGAAUUAGCUAAAGGUGAACCACCCAAUUCUGAUAUGCAUCCGAUGAGGGUCUUAUUUCUCAUCCCUAAAAAUAACCCACCCACGUUAACAGGAGACUUUAGCAAACCUUUCAAAGAGUUCAUUGAUGCCUGUUUAAACAAGGACCCAUCCUUCCGACCUACAGCCAAAGAACUUCUCAAGCACAAAUUUAUUGUGAAAAAUGCCAAGCGGACAUCUUACCUUACAGAGCUGAUUGAUAGGUAUAAACGAUGGAAGGCUGAGGGGCACAGCGACUCCGAAUCUGAUGACUCAGAUACGGAACCCAGUAAUAAGGAGAACAACUCGCAUCCUGAAUGGAAUUUCACCACUGUUCGGAAGAAACCAGAUGCAAAGAAAUUGCAGAAUGGCACAGAUCAAGACCUUGUUAAAACGCUGAGCUCUUUAUCGGCAAUAAUAGCCCCCGUGUUUGCUGAGCUUAAACAGCAAGACAGGAACAACACAGUGAGGAAAAAUGCAAUUGAAGAACUUGAAAAGAGUAUGAACCUGGCUGAAGCAACGUAUCCUGGAAUUACUGACAAGAUGGUAAAGAAGCUUAUGGAAAAGUUCCAAAAGUUUUCUGUCGGUGACUCCUAAGUAUCAUGUUAGGACCAUGACAUCGCUGUAAAAAUGAAAUGGGAGAGGGACAUCCACCAAAAGUACUUCACGCCUGGCCGUGCUUAGCAUUUUCAGCUCCUUGUGCCUUUUGGGUCUUCGCAAAACACAUCCAUGACCAUGAUUGACAGUUUUGGAAGGAAAACAAACUCCUUAUUUUUUUUUUUUCUCCCUUUUAUUUUCUCCUCUUUUUUUUUUUUUUUUUUUUUUUUGUUGUUAUAUACAUAUAUAUAUAUAUUUUUGUUUUGUGAUGGUGUAAAUGGUUUUUAUAUUUUCUGGAAAUUAUUUUGUAAAGACUGAAGACUUUUACUACUUUAAUCCUUUGUUAAAUCUUAUACAUGUUGAUAUGCUGUUUUUGCUGUUGGGUAACAGUUGCUAAGUUAGUAACCUGUGCAAGUGAUGACAGUAUGUUUGUGGUGGUUGUGUUGCACUGUACACUGAAAUCUACUGGUCCCUUUUCCUUUUCUUUUCUUUCUUUUUUUUUUAUUUUUUUUGUUUGACUUAACAUUUGCCAUGUCCUUGGUAAUGUAUAGGAAUGUGCAGUAGCUACAUUAUGUGACAUGGAGGAUUUCUGCUCCAUGGAGGCACAAUGGACCUUCUACACAGCAAGCAUUAGCUUAUAACACUGCAGUUUCUCCUGUAGAUGAGCACUAGUCCAUGCCGUGAAAGACAAAUGGGCCGUGAAGCCCCAUAGAGAUCCGUGUCAUGGUCAUUCCUGCCUAUGAUAGAACAAGUAGCACUUAAGGUGUACUUGUCUCCUGAAAAUAGUGGAAGCCGCCCGUGUAAGAAUGCAGCCUGAUCUAUUACUAGAGACCAGUACUCAUGAGCUCAGCUUGUGUGGAAGUACAUCAGUGCUAUCACUGGUCCAUAGCUAGUUGAUUUAUUUUUCUUUUCCUUAUUUAGGAUCUAUUCACACGUACAGUAUUCUGGGCAGAUUUGAUGCGCAGUAUUUUAUGAUGCAGAUUUCAAUGUGAACUGAACACAGCUUGAAAUCUGCGCAGUAUACUGUACGUGUGAAUAGACCCUUAAAGGAGUAGUCCAGUAGUGAACAAGUGGUGAACAACUUAUCCCCUAUCCUAAGGAUAGGGGAUAAGUUGCAGAUCGCGGGGGGUCCGACCGCUGGGGCCCCCUGCGAUCUCCU